GUCACCCUCGCCUCACCCCAGCCUCCGUUCCGUAGCUGCCACAGAGCUGUGAGCCCUGUGUAGCCUGCGCUGAAAGACCAACAUCCAAGGCCUCGUCUGUCCACGUAGUUUCUGGGGCUGAGCCCUAAGUUCCGAGCCGCCUGGGGAAGCCCGCGUCCUCAGGCUCGGGACAGAGGCGCCCCUUUGUGUCCUGGCCAUGUCCUGGAAAGUAGACCCAGAGUCACACUGAAGCCUUUGUGGAGCAGCCCCGUUACACUAAAGAUGAAAGGCUGGGGUUGGCUGGCCCUGCUUCUGGGGCCUCUGCUGGGAACUGCCUGGGCUCGGAGGAGCCAGGAUCUACACUGUGGAGCUUGCAGGGCUCUGGUGGAUGAACUAGAGUGGGAAAUUGCCCAGGUGGAUCCCAAGAAGACCAUUCAGAUGGGAUCUUUUCGCAUCAAUCCAGAUGGCAGCCAAUCAGUGGUGGAGGUGCCUUAUGCUCGCUCAGAGGCCCACCUCACAGAGCUGCUAGAAGAAGUAUGUGACCGGAUGAAGGAGUAUGGGGAACAGAUCGAUCCUUCUACCCACCGCAAGAACUACGUUCGCGUAGUAGGCCGGAGUGGAGAAUCCAAUGAACUGGACCUACAGGGCAUCCGAAUUGAUUCAGAUAUCAGUGGCACACUCAAAUUUGCGUGUGAGAGCAUUGUGGAGGAAUAUGAGGAUGAACUCAUUGAAUUCUUUUCUCGAGAGGCUGACAAUGUCAAAGACAAACUUUGUAGUAAGCGAACAGAUCUGUGUGACCAUGCCCUGCACAUAUCUCAUGAUGAGCUAUGAACCACUGGAGCCCCCCCAGACUGACAGACAUGAUGGAUCACCCCCAGGAGGGGAAGAGGGUGGCAAUGCCUUUUAUAUUAUGUUUUUACUGAAAUGAACUGAAAAAAAAUGGAACCAAAAGUACAAA